AUGCCUGAUGAGGAAACUGAUGUUGAUGAAUAUUGCCAUGCUCAAUUUAAAGAAGAGAAAACUGAUGACGUAGAUGAAUAUUGUCGCAUUAAAGAAGAGAAAACUGAUGAUGUAGAUGAAUAUUGCCAUGUUAAAGAAGAGAAAACUGAUGAUGUAGAUGAAUAUUGUCAUGUUAAAGAAGAGAAAACAGAUGAUAUAGAUGAAUAUUGUCAUGUUAAAGAAGAGAAAACUGAUGUAGAUGAAUAUUGUCAUAUUAAAGAAGAGAAAACUGAUGAUGUAGAUGAAUAUUGUCAUGUUAAAGAAGAGAAAACUGAUGAUGUAGAUGAAUAUUGCCAUGUUAAAGAAGAGAAAACUGAUGAUGUAGAUGAAUAUUGUCAUGUUAAAGAAGAGAAAACUGAUGACGUAGAUGAAUAUUGUCAUGUUAAAGAAGAGAAAACUGUUGAUGUAGAUGAAUAUUGUCAUGUUAAAGAAGAGAAAACUGAUGACGUAGAUGAAUAUUAUCAUGUUAAAGAAGAGAAAACUGAUGAUGUAGAUGAAUAUUGUCACGUUAAAGAAGAGAAAACUGAAGAUAUUGAACCAGUUUAUCAGUGUAAUUUAUGUGAUGAAGAAUUUAAAUCGAAUACUGAUUUAGAGAAACAUUGUAAAAUACAUAUUGAAGAAGAGUUGAAAGCUGGUAAUGAUAGUGAUGUAGGCCUACAAUCAGCUGACAGUCAGGGUAUUGAUGUAGGCCUACAAUCAGCUGACAGUCAGGGUAGUGAUGUAGGCCUACAAUCAGCUGACAGUCAUGCUGUAGCGAAGCGUUAUAAAUGUGAUUUUUGUAGUAAAUCAUUUAACCAUAAUAGUGGUCUACAGUCACACAGGAGAAUUCAUACUGGUCAAAAACCUUCUAAAUGUGAUGUUUGUGAUAAAUCAUUUUCACAGAGUAGUCAUCUAAAUGGUCACAUUAGAAGCCAUACAGGUGAGAAGCCAUAUCAAUGUGAUGUUUGUAGUAAAUCAUUUACCAAGAGUAAUAUUCUGCAAAGACACAGGAGAACGCAUACUGGUCAAAAACCUUAUAAAUGUGAUGUUUGUGGUAAAUCAUUUUCACAGAGUAGCCAUCUUUACAGUCACGUUAGAAUUCAUUCUGGGAAAAAACCUUAUAAAUGUGAUAUUUGUGAUAAAUCAUUUCAACAGAGUAGUCAUCUAUACAGUCACAUGAGAAUUCAUACGGAAGAAAAAUCUUAUCAAUGUGAUGUUUGUAGUAAAUCAUUUAGGUUCAGUCAGGGUUUGUGGCAGCAUAUCAAAAGUCAUACGAGAGUAAAACCUUAUAAAUGUGAUGUUUGUAGUAAAUCAUUCACUACCAGUAGUAAUCUACAGGGUCAUUUGAGAAUCCACACAGGUGAAAAACCUCAUGGGUGUCAUGUUUGUGGUAAAUCGUUUGCUGGUAGUAGUACUUUAAAGAAACAUAUCAGGAUUCAUACAGGUGAAAAACCGUAUAAGUGUGAUGUUUGUACUCGAUCAUUUUCCGCAAGUUUUAACCUUCAAAGACACACAAAAACUCAUAUCGGAGGGAAAACGUAAUAGAGCACAUAAAAUGAUCAAAUAUAGAUGUGCUCAAAAAUCGAUUUUGCUAAUUAUCCAAAACAGUCUCAGUCAUUGUUGUUUGUAUUUUAGAGGAGAGCUGAAAAAAACUCC